AUGCUUCCCCCGGCCUUGAACAUCCCCAAAUGGCUCGAAGCCAACUCUCACCUCCUUCAACCUCCCGUAAACAACUACUGCGUCUACCAUCCGUCUUCCCCCGCAACCUCCGGCUACACAGUAAUGAUAGUCGGCGGCCCCAACGCCCGCACCGACUACCACAUCAACACAACCCCCGAGUUCUUCUAUCAGUACCAGGGCUCGAUGCUCCUCAAGACCGUCGACACCUCCGUCACCCCGCACGUCUUCCAGGAUAUCCCCAUUCACGAGGGGUCGCUGUUCCUCCUCCCCGCCAACACGCCGCAUUCGCCCGUGCGGUUCAAGGACACGGUGGGGGUGGUGUUUGAGCAGCCGAGGCCGGCGGGGGCGGUGGAUACGAUGCGGUGGUACUGUAAGGGGUGCGGGGAGGUGGUGUGGGAGAAGAGGUUUGUAUGUACAGAUUUGGGGACGCAGGUGAAGGAGGUUGUGGAGGAAUUUGCGGGAGAUGAGGAAAAGAGGACGUGUAAGGCUUGCGGGACAGUUGCGGAGUCGAAGUAUAAGGAGGGGGAGAUUGUUCAGCCGCCGAGGUUUCCCGAGUAG